UUUGUAUUUUUAGUAGAGACGUUUCACCGCGUUAGCCAGGAUGGUCUUGAUCUCCUGACCUCAUGAUGCACCUGCUUCAGCCUCCCAAAGUGCUGGGCCGCGCCCGGCCAGGAACAGAUUUUCAAGAACAAUUCGAGGAUAUAUAUUAGCCCAGGACAGGUUAUGGGAUGACCAAUGUCUUCAAAUUAGGCAGAAAGAGGGGACAAGUUGGGGACAGGGUACAUGCGUCAGGGGAAGUAGGCAAAAAGGUGGACUGUUUAGUAGGGGAUCAGGAACAUAGAAAAGUGGCAAGGCUAGUGACCUUGGUACCCAGACACCAGGGGUAUAACUCAGGUACUAGGUGUGAGAACAGCUCAACUCCAGGGAUACUUCCAUCCCCAGCCUGCAAUCUCCAUGGCUGAGCCUCUGAUAACUUUUGUGUUAUUCCUGGUUUUCAAGUCUACCUGGUCCAUCAGUCAGUGCUCUUGUCUGCACUCCAGUUGGAGGAACUCAUGAACUGUAAAGGGCAAUCCUGUGGGGGAAUGAACAGGUUGGUCAGUCCAGCCUAGGGCAGACUGACCCACCAUGGCAGUCCAGGGGGACUGAUGACAGGCAUGUACCAUGAGCUUGGGAGUGUCCCACCUGCGUCUCCACUGGAGAGAAUACACAGGAGUCAUUGAGGAACAGGGUUGCAAGGACUAUCUGAGGAUAUGGGGUCAGCUGAGGACAUGUUAAGGAGAGGCAAACAUUGCACAGCUAGACACUGAGAGAAGGGGACAGAGUGGGGGCAUGGCCAGAAAACGAAUUGGGGAGCUGACAGGAGGCACCAAGACCUGCGAGGGCACAGGCUGGGCACCAGGUGAGAACAGCCCACACCUGGGGGCAUUCACCGGGGUAGAUCUCUUCAGGGUCCCUCUACCACAACUAGUUUUGAGUUUAUGUGGUCCACCUGCUGGUGGGAAUGUAGAAGCCAUCAGACCUAUGGAGGAUGAGUUCUUCAGAGUCCAGCCCAGGAGAGGCCAAAACACCAUGCCCCAGCAAGUGAGAAUAAUCCUUACUCCAAGACAAACACAGAACUGCACAAAAUGAACAUCCAGGGAAGGCUCCCAGGCAGGACCCGGUGGCCCCACACGCACCCAUGUCAGUGCAUGCACUGCCUGGAAUCUUACAGGAAGUGACCGAGCUGGACAUGACCUGCUGCGAAGAUUCAGAGACUUCUGAGCCCCGAUCUUGGCCACUCGUGGCCCUUGGGUAGACUGGAGUGUCCACUCAGUCACUUGUUAGAGGAGGUGGCAUGAUCUGGGCCUCAGUGCCACGACCAACAGCGACUUCCAAGGGGAACAUGGAAAGAGCAGAGGAAAAAAACUAGAGUUUUGGCUGGGGAGAGUGAUGAUGCCAGUGAUCUUACCCAGCACCUAGUGCGAAGUUCUCCUGCAUCACCCUGAGGCAGAAGUUCCUCUGGACCUUGCCUAAGACCUCUGUUCGUCCGGGGGGACACAGGCCCACAUGCUCUUAACAUGAACGCGUCUGACUUCAGCGCAAGACACCCAGGAGCCCGGUUACUCUCCUGUCAGCGUCCUCACCUGAUGUGUCCCAGACGCCGUGUCCUGACGUACUCAGUCAUGUACUCACCCUCCUGUCCCAGGCCCCCAUACCUGAGAUCACCAUGGCCUGAUAUGGGGUAGACUACGAGUCUACCGUGCCUCAGCCAUGUGCAGGGCGACGUGUCCCUGACAUUCACACCUGUGGCCCACACGUCGCCCGCACUGUGGGGCGCGGAAAGCCCAACACAUCUGAAACACAACCGCUGACCUUCCCCCGACACCGCCUCUUAACGAGGUCCCCCGGCCCCCGGUCCCAGACGCUCUUCGAAGACUUGCCUGAUGACAGGCAUGUACCAUGUUUCUGGCUGGGACGUUUUUCUGAGCCUUGCUCCGGGCUCCGUAAAGCGGACACGGUGCUAAGGAGAGAGGAUUUCGGGGCGGUUGCGGGCACAGGCGGGCUUCUGCGGAGGCCCUGGCGAACGCCCCCGCGCGGCGCGGUCCGAUGGCCCCACGGGGCCGCCCCUCCACUGUGAGGUCACCGGAGCUCAGCAACGUUCACUGCGGCCAGGACGCGUACAGGUCAUCGAAGCAGAACUUUCCGACUCUCGCGCCUUCGCUCGUUGGCCCUGCACAUAGAUGGCAUCAGUCUGGUCACCAACCUCUUGUCGCUUUGGGCUGGACACAGUUUCCAGUAGUAACACCAGAGGCAUCAAUAAGACCAGCGGACCCUCCUGGAAACCGCCCACGGCCCAACGAUCCCACUGCCGCAAACUGCCCCAAAGCCAGCGCCGAAAGCCGAAGCCGAAGCCGGAAGCCCCGCCCCGCGCAGCGCCCGCCCGAACGUUCCCCUUCCUGGGCCUCCAUUGGCCAAGUCUGAACGGUCGCACGUCGAGUCGCCUUAUGGGAAAUGUAGUUCACGCCCCGCUUCAGGAGCUAGCGGCGCCCUCCCUUAUCGCCUUGGCAACGACCCAGCCGCGCCGCGAGGAGAGCCGGGAAUGGAGGUCGUGGCGUGAGGGGCGCCGAGCUACGGGAGGCGGAGGCCACAGGAGUUCCGGGAGUUCCGGCGUUGCCCGGCAGUCCGCAGUCCUCGGCGGGAAAUCUGUCCCGGCGCCCCAGGCAGCUCUGCGUGGGCCGGAGUGACUUCCUCGCGAUCCCCUGGGCGAGGUGAAGGGCAAGGACCCUUGCCGCGCCUUCCACGCUCCGUGCCCCACCGGCGAGUGGCUCCAUCUUCCUCGGACUUGUCGCUCGCGGACAGGCGCCGUGGGUCUCCCGGGCCUCCGUACCGUUCUCCUUCCCCGCGGCUCCGGGAAGCGGCUCCCUGUUUUCGGACGCGUUUCAACCGCUCGGGGAGAGCUUCCCGGGAAGAUUCCACCGCGGCCGAGGGUUUCAGCCCCUGGGACGCGUUUCGGCUGAGGCCGUGGGUCCAGGCCACGGGUUCCGCCCGCACUGUCCGAUGGCCGGGGAGGCGGAGGUUCAGUUGGACCCAUCAUUGCAGGGCUUGGUGAUGUUUGAGGAUGUGGCGGUAUAUUUCUCCAGGGAGGAGUGGGGGCUCCUUAAUGUGACCCAGAAGGGCCUAUACCGGGAUGUGAUGCUGGAGAACUUUGCACUCGUUAGCUCACUGGGACUUGCACCUUCGAGAUCCCCUGUGUUUUCCCAACUGAAGAAUGAUGAACAGUCGUGGGUGCCCAGCUGGGUGGAUGUGACUCCAGUCAGCAGAGCAGAAGCCAGGAGAGGUUUUGGUCUUGAUGGUCUAUGUAGAGUGGAGGAUGAGAGAGCCCGUCCCGAGCAUCUAAAGAGCUACAGAGUCAUCCAGCCCCAGGACACUCAUGGUGAGGGGAAACCAAGAAGGCACACUGAGCAUGGGGCAGCCUUCCCACCUGGUUCCAGUUGUGGGCAACAGCAAGAAGUCCAUGUGGCAGAGAAGCUGUUCAAAUGCAGUGACUGUGGGAAGGUGUUCUCAAAGGCCUUCGCCCUCCUUGACCAUCUGAUAACGCAUUCUGAAGACAGACCCUUCAGACGCCCAACAGGCAGAAGUGCUUCCAAGGAGAAGUCAACUCACAUUAACCCCCGAAAAAUUCAACCUGGAGAAACAGCCCAUGUGUGUAAUGAGUGUGGGAAGGCCUUCUGUUACCCGUCCAAGUUGAGGAAACACCAGAAGGUUCACACAGGCAUAAAACCUUUUAAGUGUAGUGACUGUGGGAAAACCUUCAACCGCAAAGACGCCCUGGUUCUACACCAGAGGAUUCACACUGGAGAAAGGCCUUAUGAGUGCAGCAAAUGUGGGAAAACCUUCAGUGUUCUGUCUACCCUCAUUCGGCACCGGAAAGUGCACAUUGGAGAAAGGCCCUAUGAGUGUACAGAAUGUGGGAAGUUCUUUAAAUACAGUAAUAGCUUCAUUCUUCACCAGAGAGUUCACACUGGAGAAAGGCCUUUUGAAUGCAAGCAAUGUGGGAAAGCCUACGUGACCCGUUCAGGCCUCUAUCAGCACUGGAAAGUCCACACUGGGGAACGGCCCUAUGAAUGUAGCCUGUGUGGGAAAACCUUCACUACCAGAUCCUACCGGAAUCGGCACCAGCAGUUCCACACUGAAGAGAGGUCUUAUGAAUGUACAGAGUGUGGGAAAGCCUUCAAACAUAGUUCCACCCUCCUUCAGCACAAGAAAGUCCAUACUUCAGAAAGGCCAGGAGGACAGGUCACAUGGGAAAGUCAUUAGCUGCUGGCACCGUGUUCAUCAGGAAGGGUCUUUUUCCAGAAAGGAGAUGGAGGAGAGUGGCCAUGAGAGUGCCAUCUGAAAGAAGCUAAACCUUGUACAUCCCAACAUCCACCCCGGGGAGAGUUCCCAUGUGUGCCUGGCGUGUGGGAAGCUUUCAGGAGCCACACUGCACUCUGACUCGCCUGGGGCUGUUGGGAGUGUCACAUCACUGUCAGUUUACCCACCGCCAUCCUCCUCUGUCCACCCCGUAAGGUCCCUACAGCAAGCGGGACAGGAGACCUUGUGCUCCUUGCUCUAAACAGUAGAGAAUCAUUAAUGGUAGAGCCCGAAACAGACCUCAUUCCCUACCCUUGACUGGUUUAGCUGUGGACAUGACCCACCUCUGGCCAGAGGAACUGAGCUGGUAUCUGCUGGGGGCUUCCUGGGAAGGUUUACCAUUUUCAUGGACAUGGUUGACAUCAUACGUGGUAUUUGUCAUGCUCUAGCAUGGACUGUCUCAUACUGCUCUGGACUGUGUGGCAAUAAAGGCUUUAUCAUUUAAGCCGC